UAAAGACGGUAGAUUAUUUGUAAGCGGCAGCAACGUGUUCUUUAUUCUAUGGCAACGUGGAGAAGCCGGUGAAAUGACGCUAACGUAUUAUUCUUUGAACGUAUGUUUCACUGAAAUGGGCGAUUUGGCAUAGAGGCAUUGGAGACUGCACAUAAAAACGUAUCAGCCGCACGUGAUGGCUCGGCAAAGAAAAGUGGAGUCUGCGCGGCCUGCGCCAGGACGUCCAACAUCAAAACCAGCAGUCGCUCACGUACGAAAGCCUAGCCCAGAACGGAGGUUCGAUUCGAAGUUCACCAUCUUUGUAGUGUUUAAUGGCUGCCUCAUAGUUUCUGUUGUACUUUACGUUUACUUCCUGCACUAUUUGGAAUCGUGGGUCAUCCAACCAGUGGAUCUGCCUAAAGUGACUGUCAAGUCCGGACUCGACGUUCCAGAACGGUUUUGGGGGAGCUACAGGAGCUCGUUAUACUUCGGCCUGAAAACUCGCAGCCCCCAGCCGUUGGUGGCUGGACUUAUGUGGUUCUCCCACAAGCUAAAGAAUCAGAACUUGCCGAUAAGGCAUUGGUGCAAUCAGUGGGACAGACUUCAGAAGUAUGGAUGGCUGCGACAUGAUGGGGUCAACUUUGGUACGCAGCGAAUAGUCGACGAGGAAUUUGUGAUUGAGACAUCUUUUGUGAAGAAAGCAGGAGGUCUUAAUGGAGGCGACUGGACAGCACGAAUUUCUGUGAAGGAGAAGGUACCAGGUGCUGUUCCUACAGCUCCACUGUCUCUACUAUUUUACUUUGCUACGGAUGGCCAUGGACACCUCUGGCCAAAUGUUGAUGCCAAAUCUCACCUUGGCUACAUUGCCGGAGAAACUCCGGAGUUGGGGCACUUUACAGCUACUUUUCAUGAUAGGAACCCACAAAAUGUGGUGCACUAUAGCUACCUGAGUACAGUUGCACCUGGGCUCGAAAGCCUCAAAGAAACUGUUCUCCACAAUUUGAUGAUUCACCGGCGUAAAAAGGGUGCUAGGGAUCUUUAUGUCACUCGUGGCACUGUACUUUCUGCAGAGGAUAGAGAGCGUAAGAAGUCUCCAAACUUUGUUCUUACCCAGGUGACAGUAAUGCCUCCAUAUGAACUAGAAGUAACCUUUGAGUCUGGGAGUUUUGAGGAUCGGCCAAACAGGCUUAGUGGGGAGAUUUAUGACCAAGCUUUGGCUGAGUAUAGUGCUAAAUUUGAUGAACGGUUUCACAAGCUAUUCAAGCUGCAAAGCAAGGGUUUUAGUGAGGAAGACAAUGAAGCUGCCAAAGAAGUCCUUAGCAAUAUGGUGGGAGGUAUUGGCUAUUUCUAUGGCUCUUCCUUAGUUCAGUCUUUUCAUAAUAAGGAACCUGUGGAGUACUGGAAAGCAGCUCUCUACACAGGAGUGCCAUCGCGAUCUUUUUUUCCUAGAGGCUUCCUCUGGGAUGAAGGGUUCCAUAACCUUUUACUAAUGCAGUGGGAUCCAGAGAUCUCCAAAGACAUACUUGGCCACUGGCUUGACCUAAUGAAUGUGGAUGGCUGGAUACCACGUGAACAAAUCCUUGGUGCUGAAGCACGUGCUCAAGUUCCAGCUGAAUUUGUUGUACAGAGAGACACAAAUGCGAAUCCACCAGCCUUGUUGCUUGCACUUGAAGCCCUUCUGAGACAGCCCAAUGCUUUGGCCACACAUGGAGAUUUCCUUCAGCGAGCCUUUCCACGUUUUCUAAAGCUUUUCUACUGGCUGAACAGCACGCAGGUGGGUAAAACACCUGGCUCCUAUCGAUGGCGAGGCAGGGAUGCCAGCAGCCGCACAGAACUAAAUCCAAAGACCCUGACAUCUGGACUGGACGAUUAUCCAAGGGCAUCACACCCAUCUGAAGAUGAGCGUCAUGUGGACCUUUACUCUUGGCUAGCUUUUUCAUCUGGUGUGUUGGCCGAGGCAGCACACUUGCUGAAUCAUUCCAGCAGCCAUAGCUUAACAGCCACACACCAGAUGUUGAGUAACACUGCAUUGCUAGACAAACUGCACUUGUCUCCACAAACUCAGCGAUACUGCGACUAUGGUCUCCACACAGACAAGGUGCGCUUGGUGGAGCAGAAACCACCACCAGGUCAGGCACCAGGAGCACCACCACUGCCCAAGAUUCGACUGGCCAUGGAAGCACCGCGACUGCAGUUUGUGGAACACUUUGGCUAUGUAAGUCUGUUUCCCUUUCUGCUCCGGCUGCUCCCUUCCGAUCACCCUGCACUGGGAAAGCUACUGACGGACCUUCGGAAUCCAGCUCUACUGUGGACCAACUAUGGUCUGAGAUCACUUUCCAAAGAUUCGCCCAUGUACCUUGAGAAGAACACAGAGACAGACCCGCCUUACUGGAGAGGUCCAGUUUGGAUAAAUAUCAACUACUUAGCAGUAAAAGCAUUGAAUCACUACAGUGACCUUCCAGGACCAUUCCAGGAGAAAGCUUUCCAGCUGUAUAAGGAGCUCAGAAACAACAUCAUCAGCAAUAUUCUAAAGGAGUAUCACCAGUCCAACUACAUAUGGGAGAACUAUGAUGACAACACAGGCAAGGGUCGUGGAUCGCAUCCCUUUACAGGCUGGUCAGCCCUUGUGGUGCUACUCAUGGGGGAGGUAUAUUAGUGUUAUGCUUUUGCAUUGUGUGUCAUAUUGUGGGAAAGAAGUCUUAUUGCUUUAUUUUUUUUAUUAAAGUUUAAAUUGUCUUUAUCAUUGUGUUCAUGUUUGGUGCUGCAGAAAUGAGCACAGAAGUGCCAAAGAAUAUGUAGUUAAUUUUUAUAAAACUAAAUAAAAAGCAAUUAAAGUGGUUU